AUUCUCCCUCCAUAGGGAGCGACCUCCUCUCUGCAGCCCUGAAUAGGGAGAAACACGGGCAGGCACGGCGCCUGUUAGCUGUGGGAAAUACAACAAACUGACGGUGCUCGGUAGUCAGGCAGCUAGCUGUGUCAUAACGUUAUUUUGAAGUGUUAGUUGGGAAAACAUGCGGUUGCGGCGGCGGCUCAAGCGGGACCGUGAUGAGGGACUGGGAGCUGGGAUUCGCCCAUUAGACUGCUGAGAGAGACUCAUUAGCCUGCUCGCUAACGGAUAACACGGCUAAGCUAGUAGCGAAGGACGCUAAACUUCGCAGAAUUUGCGGUUAGGAUUGAAAGUCUACCUCACAACUCGUCGUUUUAUUUCCUACAGAGUGGGAUUUAUUUAUCUUUAUCUCCAGCUGAUGGUCGAAGACGCCGAACUCUAUUUUGCAGCGGUUUUGUUUGCUGCUUGCUCGGUAGCUAACAGUAUUAUUGAUCCGAGCAGCUUGUUGUUAAUCACUCGGGGUCGGCUUUGUGCUUCCAGGCCAUGGACUGAACAGCCUCUUCAUCCACAAGCGAGCUAGCUUAGUGGCUAGCCCUGGGGUUUCUUCUUAAAUAACAAACAAAACAAACUCCAGUUUCUACAUUCUGAGCUGGACUGGAACGAGGAAAGGAAAAGCAAAUUUCUCCUGGAUCAAGUGCGCCUUUUUUUUUUUUUUCUCCUCAAGGACCAUGAGUUUUUGGAUGCUCGGUUCCGUCCCAAAUCAGAUGUGAAGGGAAAAUAAACCGAGCGGAUUCUUCUUUUCUACUUUGUCGAGUUUGGGACGAGCUGUUAGAACCAGCAUUAUAAUGUCUACUGCGAAAGAAAACCCUUGUAGGAAAUUCCAAGCGAAUAUUUUCAACAAAAGUAAAUGUCAGAACUGUUUCAAGCCGAGGGAGCUUCAUCUGCUGACCGACCCAGACCUGAACCAGGCUAAACCGAUCUAUGGAGGCUGGCUGUGCUUGGCUCCAGAGGGAACGGAUUUUGACAAUCCGAUGCAGAGGUCUCGGAAAUGGCAGCGGCGCUUCUUUGUCCUCUAUGAACACGGCUGCUUGCGCUUCGCUCUGGACGAAUCACCAAGCACACUACCACAGGGCACUGUCAACAUGAACCUGUGCACAGAUGUGAUAGAUGCUGAACCUAAGACCGGCCAGAAGAACGCGCUGUGUAUCAUCACGCCUGAACAGGAAUAUUACAUCCGGGGGGACAACAAGGAAAUUAUCAAUGGGUGGAGCGAACAGCUAGUUAUUUAUCCAAGGACCAACAAGCAAAAUCAAAAGAAGAAACGCAAGGUGGAGCCGACGACGUCUCAGGAGCCUGGUCCAGCUAAGGUAGCCGUGACUGGCUCGGGCAUUCCUGAGGCGGAGAAAGUUCCAGACUCCAGCUCCAUUAUAUGGCAAGAGGAGCUGCAGAGCAGAGAAGCAGAGGUGUCGCAGGCAUGGUCCUCAUCAGACAUGACACCCCAGGGCUCUCUGCUGACCCCUGCAGCAGAGGAAGCCUCUGUGAGCCGUAGUUUGGACUUGGGCUCUGUUAAUGGAGAUGAGGUGGACCGCAGUACAUUCUCCUUUCCCCCGUGUCUGUCCCAGCCCCCACAGGACCUGGUUUCCAUGACAGCAGGCAUGCUGGGGGGUGUUCCACGGUGUCCAUCACCUGCACACAGUGAACCUUUCCCCUCAGGCAGCAGUCUGCUGUCUAACGGCUCGCACAUCAGCGGCUCCAUCAGCUCACUGGACUCGGACGCCAGCACAGAUAGCCACGUACCACUCCGAGGACGUAACAAGCCUGAAAAACGCAGGGACAGGCAGGACAGAGAGACUGUACUCAGCCCAGAGAGGAGUGGCCGCUCGAAUGUGAUCGAGAAGCUUGAGGCGCUGGAACUGGAGAACGCAGAGCGGAUGGAGGUUGAAGAGGUGGUGCGCAGCGAGGCCAGACAGGGCCGCAGUGAAAUGAGACGCUUCAACAGACAGGAACAGAAGCUUGACCCAGCACAGGGUCUGGACUUCCACCCGUCCACUCUUCCUCCAUUGAGAAGAGCCAAGUCACUGGACCGCAGGACAACAGAGUCAGUCAUGACACCAGACCUGCUGAAUUUCAAGAAAGGCUGGAUGGUGAAACUUGAUGAGCAAGGCCAGUGGAAGAAGUAUUGGUUUGUACUGACGGACCACAGCCUACGAUAUUAUAAGGAUUCGAUUGCUGAGGAGGCAUCAGAUCUAGAUGGAGAAAUUGACCUCAGCACAUGCUAUAACGUUACAGAGUACCAAGCUCAACGCAACUAUGGCUUCCAAAUUCAUACCCAGGAGGGAGUGCACACCUUGUCUGCCAUGACUGCUGGAAUCCGCCGCAAUUGGAUCCAGGCUGUCAUGAAAAAUGUUCGACCUUCCACAGCACCCGAUGUUGCAAGCCUGACAGUUGAACAUGGUUCCUUUGGCCCCUUGGAGAGUCUUACACGGCCCGACGUCACUCAGGACUCUCCAUCCUCUGAGGCCUCAUCUGUGGAGCGUGAGCCUAGGAAGAGUCGAGCACGAGAGCGACGGCGUGAAGGACGCUCCAAAACCUUCGACUGGGCCGAGUUCAGGCCCAUCGCCCAGGCCCUGGCUCAGCAACGGGCCCACGAAGCCGACGCUUUCCAGGCUCAGCUUAGCGACGCCGAACGCAGCAAGAGGAGGGAGGAGAGGCGGAGGAGGUACGAGUGUGUGACUGGCAGCUUGUCCUUCGAACCUUCUCCUGACAGCAGCAGGAUGGACUUGGAGAGCAUGCACACGAAUGUGGGCAGCGUCUGUCCGCCCUCACUAGAGCGUCAGCAGAAAGUGGAGGAUGAGAUCGAGCAGCGCUGGCAGCAGGUGGAAAAAACUCCAAUCAGAGAGGAGAGGAGAGUACCACUGUCCACGGCACUGAGGACCAGAGAGACAGCAGAGCUCGAAAAACUACUAGAAAGCUACAAAAAGGGGGUAGAAGAUCUGAAAGCGCAGUUAGAGACAUGCCACCAACAGCUGACGGAUUCUAACCAGCACAAGCAGGAGCUAGAGAACCAACUCAAGGCUGCUCUGGAUCGAGAGCAUCAGAUCCGUGCUGGGUACAUCUCACCGCUGGAGUCACCUUUGAGUCUUGAGACAAAGCCCCAGAUGAAGAAGCCAGAACUGGUUAGUUCUCAAGCUCAGAGUUUAACAAAGAAGUACCAGGAAACCAAAGAGCUUCUCCAGCUGCAAGAACUGAAAAAGCGCAACAUGCAGGCACAGCUUGGCCUUUCACUUUCACACUUGUGCACCAAGGAACCUUACCUUUCUGACACCAAAAUAUCAUCCACCUCAGAGCUCCUUUCUUCUAGUCUUGUUACAAAAUCUGUUACCAUUGUGCUUCUGGAUAAUGAGGGCAAGAUCCGAGAGCUUGAGGACUUGAUAGAUUGUAGUAAACCGUUGUCAGUUAAGGAGUUGACAAAUCUGCUGCACUGUCACACUGAAUCAGUACUGUCCGAUUUCCCUCAAGACCCAAAUGAACAUGAUAGAUCAAAUGACAUAACGAAAUGUCAUAAACUUUUGGAAAGUCUUAAAAAUCAGCAGGAAAUGGAGAAUGAGACAAUGAGGAAGAGCUUGGCCAAGGCCGGGAACAGCAUUCGGGAUUACGAGGCUCGGCUUAUCACAAUGGAGGACAUGUUAGGAAGGGUCCAGAAAACUCCCUAUAUAUCUCCUUGUCAACAGGAUGACACUUUGCAAAUGACAAACCGUGGCCUAUCUCAGAGGGUUGAACUGCUCACGAGUGAAAAUGAAGCACUAAACCAGCGUUGUCAUGAAAUAGUCAACCAGCUGAGAGAAGCAGACCGAGAAAUAGACAGACUAAAAGCAGAGCUUCAAAGUGGGCAACAAUAUCAACAAAGCAGAGUAAAUCAGGAUGUGAUUGAACCAGGAGACAAAGGAGCUUUUAAGAAUUUGUAUGAGCAGGAACUCCUUGACAAGUCUCAGAAGCUUGAAGAGGCACUCAUCAAGUUGAAGGUACUUGGGAGUCGUUUGAAAGAUACAGAAAAGAAGCUGCAGCUCAGAGAGGCUACUAUGAAAGGUCUUGGAUUUCAGGUGCUUGAGAAUGAUAAAGAUGACCAGUCAUCGGAAUUGGAGAAAGAGCACCUCAAACAUCACAUAGAGGUUAUUGAGUCCAAGCUUUCUGAAAAGGAGAAGUUGCUUCAAACUGUUGAACAAAUCUGUAGAGAGCUUGAAGCACAGAACAUGGACCUCCAGAGGAAAAAGCUAGAAGCUGAACAGACUUUUAACCACGCACUUUUAGAGGCUAAAGAGGACAUAAGAAUGUUGAAAGAGAGAGCUGUGGAGGAGGUGGAGUCAGAUAAUGAACGCAGAGUAGACAGUAAGUGCCAAGAGUUGAUGCGGCGUGAUGGUGUGAUGGAGGAAAUAUUGGAAAGUUUCAAGAGGAGGUCUAAUGCUCUUCAGCAAGUUUUAACCAUGUUGAAGGCCAGUGAGAACGAAUGUGAUGGAUCGAGCACUGGCACUGAGGAAGGUAAUGUGGGAAGGAAUUUGACAGGAAGGAUGAUGGCAUUGUUUGAGCGUGAGAUUUUGGGUAGAGUUUUAAAUGGCAUUGAGAAUAGUCAAGUAGAUAAAGGAGACUGCGAGCAAGUGUCUGUUGUCAAAAAUGUAGUAGAACGAACGCUAGUGGAAAAUGACAUCCUGUUUUCUGCGAUCGGAAACAUUGAAAGUCCGUUAAACACUGAACAUGCAGAGAUGCAGACUGAUAAAGAUGUAGUUGGAGAUAAGUUUAAUGAAGUCAUUAUGAAACAGCUUGUUGAAACCGUUCAAGGUAAAGUAACCCUUUUAAAUCAGAUUGCUUCAACCAUUAAUGAACCUGCGAAUGAACAGUUCAAGUCUUUGGCUUUAAUGCUGCCUAGCUGUGAACCUCAAGCACAAUGGUCUCGGUGUAUUCAAGAUGCCAUAUCAGACGUAACGCGCACAUAUCUUCUAAUACGGCAAAGAUUUCAAAAGGACAGUGACUUGCACUCUGAUGUUGAAGCACCGACAGCUGCUUGUGCUUGUUGUUCUCAGUUAAAAGAGCAAAACCUGGAGCUUAAAUUAAAGCUUGACCAAAUGUCAACCCAAACGUCAAGCCCCAAGAACCCGGUCGCUGAUGACUCCAAGCCAGUGAUGCACAUCCACAUAGAGGGUGAACCAACUGAUUCUCUGGACAAGGCCAUUCAGUUACAAGACGUGGUGGCAAAACAUAAGAAGGAGCUUCAAGAAGUGAGGGAGGCCUAUGAGCAAGAAGUGGCUAAGCUGAAGGAGAAAGUGUCCAAGAGCAAGGAAACACUAAGGCUAAGAGCCGAGGAGAAUGCAAAAGAGAGAGACUCUUUGACUGUCUGCAUGGAGAAUUUAAAGAAGCAGCAUGAGGUGGAGCACAACAUGUUGGUGGAGCAUUUUAACCAGGAAUUGGUUGAGCUUAAUGAUGUGAUGGGGUCCCUUGGAGCAGACCUUCCAGAUGAUGGCCAACCAAAUGCAGCUUCCCUCAAGCGGUGCAUCCAGAAGCUAGUGGCACAGGUGACCGGAGAGACAAAGCGGCGAGAUCGAGAGGAGGACGCAGCGUUGCUCCGUCUGAAAUACGAGAAAGACCUGGAAAACCUGAAGGCUACAUGUGAAAGAGGCUUUGCUGCCAUGGAGGAGUCUCAUCAGAAGGUAAUAGACGAGCUGCAGAGGAAACACCAGCGGGAACUGGAGAACCUGCAGAAGGAGAAGGAGCGACUCUUGGCCGAAGAGACAGCAGCCACGAUUGCUGCUAUUGAAGCUAUGAAGAAUGCACAUCGGACUGAGCUAGAGAAGGAAUUGGACAAAGCACGUAAAGCCCAUAGUAACACUGAAAAUGCAGACAUUGAGGAAAUUCGCCGACAACACGAGGAGGAGCUGCUGUCCUUUCAGCGGGAAAUCGAAGUGCUGUCCGAGCAGUACUCACAGAAAUGUCUGGAGAACGCUCACCUGGCACAGGCGCUGGAGGCGGAGAGACAGGCCCUGCGUCAGUGCCAGAGAGAGAACCAGGAGCUUAAUGCACACAACCAGGAGCUGAAUAAUCGUCUGGCUGCUGAGAUAACAAAAAUGAGAUCAAUGACCAGUGAGGAAGGCGAAUCUGGAACAGCCAUUCAGGGAAAAGAGCUAUACGAAUUAGAGGUCAUGCUGAGGGUGAAGGAAUCAGAGGUGCAGUAUCUGAAGCAGGAGAUCAACUCAUUAAAAGAUGAGCUACAAGCCGCCCAGAGAGAUAAAAAGUAUGCCACAGAUAAGUACAAGGACAUCUACACAGAGCUGAGCAUUGUGAAGGCCAAGGCUGAGCGAGAUCUGGGGCGGCUACGGGAGCAGUUACAAUUAGCCCACGAGGCUUUGGGAGAGCCCACGCCAGAGGAGGUGCAGCGGGGAGGAUAUGAUAUCAUGAAAUCAAAAAGCAACCCAGACAUUCUGAAGAUGGCUGCCGCAGCUGCAAAACGCUCGGAGCGUACCAUGAGGUCAAAGAGUCUUAAGGAAGGCUUGACAGCUGAGCAAAGACUCCACUUGUUUGACAACAAGGACACGAAGGAGUUCUGAAACUUGAUGCCUCAGCCUGGCUUUGCUGCAUGUUAUAGAGGUCCACCAUAUUUUAUUCCAGUAAUUAAUCACUUAGAAACACACUGGUCACGGCACACAGCAUAUUAUAAAUAUGGUAUGAAGUUUGAAUUUUAUGUCUCUAGUCUGCAUUUUGUGCACUUCAGUUACUGUGACUUUUUUUUUUUCCUUUUUAAACAUGUCUUAAUGUAAAUAGUUGUUUUUAAUGAAGCAUCUAUCAUUCAUACACUAAACAUGACUGUGUCAGCUACUGUUUUAACUCUAGUAUGUGUGAAUAGCCAAAGGAUGGAUAAAAAUGUAAUGACUCAAAUUACACUUAAUAAAGAGUAGAAACAAUCAUACCUGCAGAAAUGCUUAUUACGCUAGAUGUGGUUAUGCACAUUCCCUCCAGCUUCCUGUUGGUUCUGACACAAUCAGAUGGCUGGCAAAGUGAAAAAGAAACACUACUUGAUACCCGGAAGUGUUAGUAUGUACAUGGAGAUUACUGAAUGUUGACCAGUUAAAGGCAAGGCAUUUGUAUCUGGAGGGCUUUUUUUUUUUUUCUUUUUCCUAGUGUAAAAUAUAUAAACAGAUUUAUAUAGGGGGUUUCUUUAUGUAAUCAUGAUGGUCAAUCCACUGAUUGGGAGGUUUUGUUUUUUUCCUGUCUUGCCCUUCAAGCUGAUAAUGUCUGUAGUGAUGUCCAGUCACAGUCUCUUGUAUUUAUUUAAAUGUCAUGUUUGUUUUUUGGCUCACAUUUUCCAUUCCUCUAUACAUUGCUAUUGUAAAUAUACCACAAAUGUACACCGACUGACAGCAAGUUUAUUAGCAAUAAAUAUUUUUGCACCCUGUA